AUGAUCGGACUCAAAUCACCUGUAGCGACUGCGCUGCUGGCUCUCGCCGCCUUCAUCGGCUCCAGCAGCGCUGCACCUUCCACUCCGCAAUUCUUUUCUACCACAGAAGACAUCUUCGCUCGCGACAAUGGCGCCCACUCCUACACCGGCCCUUACACGACCGGAGGCGCCGCCUGGUCCAACGGCUUUGCCAAAGCAAAGUCGCUCAUCGACCAAAUGACCGUCGAAGAGAAGGUCAACGUAACCACGGGCUACACUGGCAAGUGUGUCGGCUUCACAGGUACCGCGCCUCGUCUCGGUCUCGAAGCUCUUUGCCUUCAAGACGGUCCUGCCGGUGUUCGCCCGGCUCGCCGCGUCUCACAGUUCCCCGCCGGCGUCACUACUGCGGCUACUUGGGAUCGCGAGCUCUUUGCGCAGAGGGCCGAGGCCUUGGGUCAAGAGUUCCGCGACAAGGGCGUGAACAUCUGGCUCGGCCCCGUCACCGGUGGCCCUCUUGGCCGUGCCCCGCGCGGCGGAAGGAACUGGGAAGGCUGGAGCCCAGACGAGUUCCUUUCCGGCGUCGCUUCAUACCUCACAGUCAAGCAUGCUCAAGAACAGGGCGUCGUGACCUGCGCGAAGCACUACAUCGCCUACGAGCAGGAGACGUAUCGCAACCCGUACAAUCUCUCGGAGCCGUACGACGUCUUCCCGCGUUUGCAGCAGAGCCCAAUUGACUCUGUUCUUGAUGACCGCACCACGCACGAGCUCUACCUCUGGUCCUUCGCUGAAGCUGUUCGAGCCGGCACCGGCGCAAUAAUGUGCAGCUAUAAUGAGGUGAACGGUACCCACGCAUGCCAAGACGACUUCUCCCUCAACUACCUGCUCAAGGAGGAGCUCUACUUCCAAGGCGCAGUCAUCUCGGAUUGGGGAGGAACAUGGACGAACCAGGAAUCGGCGCUAGGCGGUCUUGACGUGUCAAUGCCCGGGACUGCAUACAAUGGAAUGUUCGGCGAUUUCUACGGCGAGGCGCUCAUUGCAGCUGUCAACAACGGGUCCGUGCCCGAGACGCGUUUGGACGACAUGGUGCUCCGCAUCCUGACGCCUGCCUUCGAGCUUCAAGACGAUUCCUACCCGCAGCCGUCGUUCGAUGUUCGCGAUCUGACGCUGCCGACCAACAACGUUCGUGGCGAUCAUCACAAGAUCAUCCACGAGAUUGGAGCUGAGUCGAUCACGCUCGUCAAGAACAACGACUCGAACGGACGCGGUCUGCCCUUGAAGAGCCUCGAAUCGCUGCAGACCAUCGCCGUCAUCGGUCAGGAUGCAGGCGACAACCUCUAUGGUGCUACCAGCUGCGGUCAGUCUGGACAGUGCAACAUCAACGCUUUCAAUGGCACUGUGACCAUUGGUGGUGGCUCCGGCUGGGCGUUCCCACCGUACGUGAUCACGCCUUCCGCAGCCAUUCAGGAAUACGUUCGAGCCGCCGGGCCGGAUGUCAACCUUCACCUGGACAACUGGGAUCUGGAAGGAGCAACGGCACGCGCAAACUCGAGCGAUGUAGCACUCGUCUUUGCCAACACCUACGCGACUGAGAACCAGGACCGCCAAAACCUGACGCUCUGGGCCAAUGCCGACAACCUCAUCAAGACGGUCGCCGCCAACAACAACAACACGAUCGUCGUCAUCCACAGUCCCGGUCAGGUGGAUGUUGAGCAGUGGAUUGAGCAUCCGAACGUGACGGCUGUUGUCUUUGCCUACUUGCCCGGACAGGAAGGUGGUGCUUCUCUGCCUAAGAUGCUGUGGGGCGAGACGAGUCCGAGCGGCAAGCUUCCCUUCACCAUCGCCAAGAACGAGAGCGACUACCCGCCCAACACGAUCGUCGCUGACCCCGUGCUCAACCCCACAGCGGAGUUCACCGAGAAGCUGCUGAUCGACUACAAAUGGUUUGACUACCACAACAUCACGCCGCGUUUCGCGUUCGGUCACGGUCUCUCGUACACCUCGUUCUCGUACUCCGACUCGGUCUCGGUCAGUUCGACGCCCAAGACGGAUGAGACGUCGAUCCAGCCUACCAAGGAGAAGCUGAUCAACUCGAACGCUGGGCUGUACGAUACCGCGCUCACCCUCGAGACGUCGAUCACCAACACGGGCAGCAAGGCUGCUUCAGAAGUCGUACAGCUCUACGUGUCGUUCCCCUCUUCCGCCGACUCGCACGACAACCCGCAGCCCCUCAGGACCCUGCGCGGCUUCGAAAAGGUCAAGAACGUCCAGCCUGGCGAGACGAGACAGGUGUCGUUCGAGCUGAGGAACAAGGACAUCGCAGUGUGGUCGACCUUGCACCAAGGAUGGAAGAUUCCCGAGGGUGGGAAGCUCACCUUCAGCGUCGGGUCGAGCAGCCGAAAGAUCCACUCGAAGGCGACUUGGGUUUACCAGCGUUCGUAG